AGGAGCGCGCACUUCGGUACGAGUACAAGAACUUCAGGAAAGAGGAGCGCCACAGACUUGAGUUGAAGUUAAGAGGACGCACGUAAAAAACCCUGACGCACGCACUGGAUAUUCGAAGGAGAACCAUGAAGUCUCCAAAACUGUCGCGCAAAGCCAAGCUGGUGGUGGACGUGGACGACCUGGACGAUGUGCUGUGCGAGUUUGACGCCGUGAUCGAGGACUUCACGUCCCCGAUGGAGAAGCGUCACUUUCGCUACGACGAGCACCUGCGCAUCGCCAAGAGGCGGAGUAGCGCCAGCGUCAGCGACAGCGGCAUCAGCGACACCGAGAGCGCCGACUCGCUCAACAGAAAUAGCUUCAGCUUGAGUGACGAGAGGCUUCACUCGCCCACCGCCAUGUCUCCGGCGAGCGUCACCUCACCCUCGCCGUCACUGAUGUCACCAAAAGCCAAACUGGGUGACACCAAAGAACUGGAGGACUUCAUCGCCGACCUGGACAAGACAUUAGAGAGCAUGUAACGUGGCAGCCAUCUUGGAUCAUAGCCAUGAAAGAGAGACAGAGAAGGCGUCUGCAUCCCCCUCAAGCGAUCUCCCCCA